UUUCUUUUAUUACUUUUGACUAUGAUAUGUAUAAUUCUUUCCCAUUACAUUUGAUUUUAUUGUUGUAUCUGUUCAUUCUUUGUCCAGUUUAAGAAUAUACUGACUCUAAAUUGGAUUAUUUGCAGCUUUUCUAACACCAAUUUCAUAAUAGGUAUACCUAACGGCAAUACUUCUUUUCUUUAGAAUUAUCAUUGGGGGUGUUACUUGGAACUCUGCCAAUAUCUAAGUUUGGAGUGUUUAAUUUGUUUACUGAACUCUACAUUUUAGCUCCUAGUGAAACUAAUUUGCAAGGUGUUAUUUUUCUUUGUUCUUCCAUAUUAGCCCCAGUAAAUGAAGUUUAAAAGAGCAUCUCUUUUUAAAGAAGAGCAUUUCCAAAUAUUAAAAAUUGUAUCAUACUAGUAUGUCUAUAAUAAGUUGUAAUUAUGUUGUAAUUUAAUUAUGUUGUAACUAAAUCAUGACAACAAUAGAUAUGGAUUGUAAAUAUAUAUAAUUAAGAGAAAUUAUUUCUAUUCUAUUUGUCAGAAUAUAAUAUUUUAUUAGGGUCUGAGCACUACCUUUCAAAGAGGAUAUUCCUAAACUGGAGCAUAUACAGAGGAGAGCAACCAAGAUAAUUAGUGGCCUAGAAGUUUACAUUUGUGAGGGGGAAACUGGGAAGACAUGAUAGGUCUCCUCAAGUGUCUGAAGGGCUGCAAUUCUGUCCAGGAGCAUUUAUCAAGUUGUUCCUGAAGAUAUACCAAGAAAAAUUGAGCUUAAAGAAGCAGUAUUGAAUUGAUUUCUGCAGCACUGACUGAAUUCUAUUAGUUCUAUUUUCACAAUGAAAUCUGUAGAAGACCAAGUUGUACAAGAAGAACUAGGAUACCAAGAUGAAGAGGAAUCAUUUUUCCAGGACAUUGAUCUGUUACAGAAACAUGGAAUUAAUGUAGCAGACAUUAAGAAACUGAAAUCAGUAGGAAUUUGCACAAUCAAAGGGAUUCAGAUGACAACUAAGCGAGCAUUAUGUAAUGUGAAGGGACUUUCGGAAGCCAAAGUAGAGAAGAUAAAAGAAGCAGCCAACAAACUUAUAGAACCAGGGUUUCUGACUGCUUUUGAGUAUAGUGAGAAGCGAAAGAUGGUAUUCCAUAUUACCACUGGAAGCCAGGAAUUUGAUAAACUCCUAGGUGGUGGGAUUGAAAGCAUGGCCAUCACAGAAGCCUUUGGAGAAUUCCGAACAGGCAAAACCCAACUUUCCCAUACUCUUUGUGUGACAGCCCAACUUCCAGGACCAGAUGGAUAUACAGGAGGGAAGAUUAUUUUCAUUGACACAGAAAACACAUUUCGUCCAGACCGCCUACGUGACAUUGCUGAUCGCUUCAAUGCAGAUCAUGAGGCAGUUCUUGACAACGUAUUGUAUGCACGGGCUUAUACUAGUGAGCAUCAAAUGGAACUACUUGAUUAUGUUGCUGGCAAAUUCCAUGAGGAACCUGGCAUCUUCAAAUUACUGAUAAUAGAUUCCAUUAUGGCACUGUUUCGUGUGGAUUUUAGUGGUCGUGGGGAAUUAGCUGAAAGGCAACAGAAACUUGCUCAGAUGCUCUCAAGACUUCAGAAAAUAUCAGAAGAAUAUAAUGUGGCUGUGUUUGUGACUAAUCAAAUGACCUCUGAUCCUGGAGCAACUAUGACCUUUCAGGCUGACCCCAAGAAACCCAUUGGAGGACAUAUCCUUGCUCAUGCUUCUACAACAAGGAUUAGUUUGCGGAAGGGAAGAGGAGAAUUACGUAUUGCCAAGAUAUAUGAUAGUCCUGAAAUGCCUGAAAAUGAAGCCACAUUUGCAAUAACUGCUGGAGGAAUAGGAGAUGCCAAAGAGUAGGCUGAUCUUAGUGAUAAACAACUGAGAAACUCCCAUCAAAUUAUAUCAAAAGUUACUUAGUUCUUAGUUACUUAUGUUUAUUAUUCCAAAUUUAGAAAAGUUAAAAUUGAGAGGCAGCAAUAUGAUUGCUGUAAAUGUUCUUAUCUUUUGAUAUUGCUGAGCAUAUCUACAUUGUUCAUAGGACAAGUCAAUCAUGUGUAAUUAUCCUUUUCAUAACAGCACUAAUUUUGUGCAGGGCAUUUCUACUAGGACUUAGAGUACCAAUGCACUACAGUUUCAAACAUCUGAAAAAAGUCUAGAGACAUAAGUAUUAAGAAUCACAUUUUUUAAAAUUUAAAACAACUCAAAAUGCUUUACGGAUCCUUGAAUACUUUAAGGACUUUUAGUGUAUUAAUUUUAGCUUUAACAUAUAGAAUUAUCAUAACAGAAAGUAAUUGAUCAUUUAAAAAAAAUGUCAACUCAAAUUUUUAGGUAAAAUAGGCUGGAAUUAAAAUUGGAAAUUGGUUUUACUCAAAGAAUAUUGUUUGCAAAGUUUAAAUAUUUGCUUAAAUGUAAUUAAAAUACCUGUACAUGUACCUCAUGUAAAAUCAAACAAUUGCCUCUCUUUUUUUUCUUUGAAAGCAAAUUAUACUGUCUAUUCCAUCUAUGGAUGUGUAAUAAGCCUCACAAAUCUAAGUAAAUAUUUUAUGGCAUAUUC